AUGGAGAGUCAUCUAUCGGGAACGGAGCAGAGUUCCCGGAUAGUGCAGCGCAGAGUUUCCGUCCCCGGUUCCCGGGUUUCCAGGCGCAAAGUGCCCGGAAGUGCCCGUUCCCGCACAGCACCAAUGAGAUGCGGACAGCAUGAGGACCAGGUCUUACGAAAUUUCCAGAACAAGAACGUGGUGGUGGCCGACUUCGGGCUGGCUCGGCUCAUGGUGGAUGAGAAGACUCAGUCUGAAGACUUGCGCAGCCUCAAGAAGCCGGACCGCAAGAAGCGGUACACAGUGGUGGGCAACCCCUACUGGAUGGCACCAGAGAUGAUCAAUGGCCGUAGCUAUGACGAGAAGGUGGACGUGUUUUCCUUUGGAAUCGUCCUGUGUGAGAUUAUUGGGCGUGUGAAUGCAGACCCCGAUUAUCUGCCCCGAACUAUGGACUUUGGCCUCAAUGUGAGAAUAUCUCUCUCUUUAAUGGGAGGUGUGGCUCAGUGGUAG